GAGGUCUCCUGAGAGAUGCGUCAGUAUCGCAGAUUUAUAACUAACCAUUACUGUGGUGCUCGCUGCAAAGUUUAUUACGACCGAUUGCAAAGGAGUUGUCGUGCCUUUUGGAUGAAUCUGAGCUGUAAUCUUAUGGUGGUCUCGCUUGCUUACAGCUCGGAUUUAUGGCACGUUUUGAAAGGGAGAGAGAGAACAAUGAGUGACUGACCCGAGGAGAUUAGAGAGAGAGGAGAGCCGCUAAGAGCCGUGCAUUAGACAGCAUCCAAACCCUUCCUCACUCACCCGGCUACUACAGACAGGCAAUCCGUCUCCCUUCAGCACAGGGGCAGAUAGAUAGAUCCAGCGCUCCGCACACAUGAGGACCCUGGAGUCGGUCCUGAUGAGAGCCAGGCCCCACCCACUUCACCCCUCAGCCAAUCACCAGGGAGAGUGGGGAAGCCAGCCACGCCUUUAAGAAAAAGGCCCAGCCUACUUAUGAGGUCACCAUACCAGAGGGCUGUAACUGGUUAAAUGGAAGAGCAAGAAACAAAUACAUCCCCGUCGCGCAAAUCCAGCCGUGUUGAGCAGAUUGUGGGCCGAUGGCUGAGACGCUCAAGAGACACUGUCAGCCGGGAGAGAACAUCAGGUGACGGCUCAUCAAGCUCCAGAAGCAACAGUCAGCCGAAUUUUCCCCUGAGAAUUACGUUAGAUAUCCACCAGGACGUGCUGCUGGGCCAGUAUGGCUUUGAGAUUUCAUCACAGCCUCCCUUCAUUGUGAAAGAGGUGACUGCAGGAGGGCCUACUGACGGACGCCUUCUUCCUGGGGACCAGAUCCUGAAGCUGAACGGCAUCCUGGUAGAGGACGUGUCUGGCCAACGGGCAGCCGAAAUCAUCAGAGAAUCAAGGGACUCUUUGACAGUCACUGUUCUCAGAUAUACAACAGGCCCGAAGUCUUCCUUCAUCACGGCGGAGAAGCGCGCGCGGCUGAAGACCAACCCUGUCAAGGUGCGCUUUGCUGAGGAGGUCGUGGUGAACGGCCAUGCUCAGGGUAACUCUCUGCUCUUCCUCCCAAACGUCCUCAAGGUGUACCUGGAAAAUGGUCAGACUAAAGCAUUCAAGUUCGAGGAGAAAACCACUGUGAAGGACAUUGUUCUGACUCUGAAAGAAAAGCUGUCUAUUCGCUGCAUUGAACACUUUGCUCUGGUGCUGGAAGAGCAGUACAACAUAACCAAACUGUAUCUACUGCACGAUGAUGAAUUCAUUGAGCAGGUGGUGCAGAAGAAGGAAUCCCAUCACUACAGGUGUCUCUUCAGAGUGUGUUUUGUGCCCAGGGAUCCCCUAGACCUCCUACAGGAAGACCCCGUGGCCUUUGAGUAUCUCUACCUACAGAGCUGCAGCGAUGUCCUGCAAGAGCGCUUCGCCGUGGAGAUGAAGUGCAACAUGGCCCUGCGGCUGGCCGCGCUGCACAUGCAGGAAAGGCUGCACUCCUGCGGCCAGCCCCAGAAACUCUCCCUCAAGUACAUUGCGAAAGACUGGGGAAUUGAAAACUUCAUCUCUCCCACCCUGUUGCGGAAUAUGAGAGACAAGGACCUGAAGAAAGCCAUCAGCUACCACAUGAAGAAAACCCAAGCUUUGCUUGACCCAAGGCAGAAGCAACUCAUUUCAGCUGUGCAGGCAAGAUUGAGUUACUUGAAAAUCCUAGGCGAGCUCAAAUCAUAUGGAGGAAAAGCCUUCAGUGCCACUAUGAUGCUGCAGGACAGAGAAUCUGUGGUCACACUGCUAGUUGGUGCCAAAUACGGUAUCAGCCAAAUCGUCAACCACAAGUUGAACAUCACGACCACCCUGACAGAGUUCCUCAACAUCAGCCGCGUGGAGUUGAUCCCAGAGUCGGAGAAGGUUAGCCUGGUGAAAAUUUACCUUCAGGACAUAAAGCCAAUCACAUUACUGCUGGAGUCCCAUGCUGCCAAAGAGCUUGCCUGUCUCAUCACUGGAUACUACAAACUGUUUGUGGACUCAAGAGUUUCUGUGUUCUCAUGGCCUGAAAACACCAAGACACACCGUGUCUCAGCUGAGGAAGGUUAUGUGUCCAGAGGUUGCAGCGACUCAGAAGAGUCCUCUGAAAUAGACUCGGCCCAAGAUGUUCUGGCUGACCUGCACUUCCCAAAGGACAGUGAUGAGCUGGGAACAGCAGGUCAGAGGGAGCAGACAGUGGAGGCCCACGCACAGAAGGAGGAGCCUCAGCCAGAGUAUCUGAAGGCCGAGGGAGAACAGUUCACCGAUCGGAGCCGAAGGGACAGCGAGGAGAACACGGCCGAAAACAGCUUCUCCGAGGCCUCCGACUCCUGCCGAUCGGAGAGCAGGGGCGACGCCAGGUUCAACGCCAGCUUCUCCAGUGACUCCAUGGACGCCUUGGAGGAGGACGACCUUGAGGCCUGCUCAUCCAGCCAGCCCCUGCUCCUGGAAGUCCAUCACCCCUACCUGCUGGACGUGCCUGCGCAGCCUGGAGGGGAAGAGGGCGGCGGCAAUGCCGAGAGCAGCCCUUGCAUCGGCUCCCUCCAGCCGUCACGCGCGGCGGCGGACUCCCUUGUCGACCCCGCGCCGCUGCCCAGCCCCUCGGGGGCCAGCGAAGGGAGCGAGGCGGUCUUCGACUGCGUCUUCACGUUCGAGGAGGAUGCCAGGCCGUACUACAACCUCUGCGCCAACGUCACCCCUGACAGCGCCCGGGACGAGCGCGUCCCUGCGUCUCCUUCUGCCUCUGCUCGGGGGGAGGAUCAGCUGGGAGGCAGAGAGCAGGCGCCCAUUCUUCAGCCCCCUCCCGGUUUUGGAGACACCAGUUCUGAGGAUGAAUUCUUCGACGCUCCAGAGAGGCUCACUCCCACCAGCGCUGUGACAGCAGAUAACGCUGCAGCGGGAAGCUCCUUGACACGAACAUGGAGCGUGAGUGAGAUUGAGGUCAACGUUGUGGAGAGGGAACAGGAACGGGAGGCUGCGCCCUUUAGCAAAAGAUCCCGCAAGCGGCGUUCCUUUGUUGAAACGGACUACACCUCCCAGGUGUCCUUCCCUGGGCCUCAGGACGAUGACCAGCUGUGCUGCUUCGAGAAGGAGCUACUGUCGCCUCACAGACACCCAUCCCCCACUAUCUCCUCCCUGCGCAACACCGAGGGGGAGCCCGCCCUCCUGGAGACAAAGACCCUCGUGGGCCGCCAGCCCCCGCCAGUGGCCCAGGGCAAGAAGCUGUCCUCAAACCUCAUGGAGAUGGAGCCGGACACCAUGGAGACCAAAUCGGUCACGGAAUCCCUGAUCAUGGUGUCGCCCAUCAUGGCCAUCCGCUGCAGGAGUGACCCCGAGGGCAAGGAGAGCUACAGGGCCGAGGACACUGGCUGCGACUCCAAGGGCGGGGAGAAGCCUUUGGUGCAUCACAUGUUCCUUGCUGAGGCCAAUGGAGAGGCGAGACCCCUUGGCGUCACCUCCUGCGAGGGGCAAAUCUUUGAAGAUAACCGCCCAAUGGAAGAAGGAAAAGGAGAUGACCAAAAUAUAGACCCAAGAGCAGUCCCACCUGCUACAGAACAGGCUGCAGGAUACAGCCCAGUUGGGAGUGGAGGGCUCACACUGGCCUUAGUAGGGUUUAGACCAAUCCCACAACUGCUUUACACUCCCAGCACAGAAGAUGACAAUCAGCUCGAAGAAGAACCUACCAGUUUUACUGAAGAACUGUGCCAGGUGGCUCCAAGUCUGAAAACUUCUGCAGCCAUUAGGAAAGGCAUCUCUCUGAGCCACGAAUGUCUUUGGCACGUUGAGUUGGAGAGGGCAAGUGGAGAGACGGGCAUCAACCCCAGAGAACUGAGCCUCGGCUUCGGCAGCGUGACCAGUGUGGUGAGCCGGCUGUCCACGUCGACUCUAAGAGGCAAAAUCCAAAGACUGCCUCGUUAUCUAUCAAGAUCUCAGGAAGCCAUCAGCAACACUGUGACUCUCACUAGGGGCAGCUCUGACGCAGUGGCACAGUCAGGAAUUUGUGAAAACGGACAACUGCUCAAUGACUUCUUUCAUGACAUUGGUGAAGCUGGAGCUGUCUGCCUUGCAUCCCCUCUUACAGAUCUGAUUCAGGCAAGAACAGAGAUACACAGCCCAUUUACACAUAUGGGGAAAAUGGAGGAUCAGUCAGUACAGACCCACUAUAGCCAAACAGAGGAAAGCCGGGGUGACAUUUUAAGACCCUGCAGUUCUCAGCAGCCUAGUCCUUGCCCAGGAAACUUGGCAUCAGAUUGCAUCUCAGGAACCUCUGAAUGCAUUUCUUUGAGAAAUAUACCAAAGAGCCCAGUGGAAGUAUGUGGGUGCCAGACAGUAUAUGCAAACUGCUUCAGUGGGGCAGCAAACAGCUUUGACGAUGAGCUGACCGUCUAUGAGUUUUCCUGCCAGACACAGGGGCCUCUGACUGUGCCUCCCUCCUCCCGGGGGUUCUGUUCCCCCGAGCUCAGCCCCCUGCUUUCUCCCUUGGAUAACGAGCUCAGCGUGGACUGCUACCUGUCCGACAGCCUGGGAGACACACUGAACCAACUGAGGAACAAGAGAUAUGAGCCACCAUGGGGCUUCUGUCUGCUUCAAGAGGACAUCUCCGAGCUACUCCAGGUCCUGCAGAAGAACCCCGAGAGCCGGGGCCAGCAUCACAAAGAGACCUGCGCUGUGCAGUUCUCAGAGAACAAGCAGCUCCUCUACGCCGAGUCUCGGAAGCUGAUGUCCAGCUGUCAGCAAGCGAUCCGGGUGGGACAGAGCCCGGAAGAGAUGCUCCUGGCUGUCUCGGACAGCUUCCAGACUCUGGUCCAGCUGGCCACCGUCUGCCUCUGGUUUACAAACUGCGUCCGAUGUCAGAAACGGCACGCUGAGGUCCUGGCUAGCCUGCGGGAGAUUGUCGGCACCUACGCAGAGUUUGUCCGGGCUGCAGAGAAGGCCUGUGGUCGGAAAAGCUGCCAAGACCUGGCCAUCAAGCUACUAGCCCGACAGUGCACAGCCCUCACCGCCAGGGUCUUCUGCCUGACCCAGCUGUUCAGGACACUGACUGCUCUCUGAUCUCGCGCUGGAGCCGGUCCAGCUGGGCCGAAAGCACAGGAUGGGUUUCUUUUUGUUCUGCCAGGACUACUCAGUGACUUCUGCUUAUAACCAUGUCUGAUCACACAAGAUUAGGAAAAGAAAAAACAAAAUAACAUGUUCCUUUAUUGCUCAGUCUCAUUUUAGAGUUCAAAUGAGAUUUGCUUGGACUAUAUAUGUAUUAAUUUAUGUAUUUAUAAAAGUAUUUAUUUACUCUGGUGCUCCGUCGUUCCUGGAACUGCAGGAUGAUGGAGAUGUUGACAGUCAGAAGGAGCCAAAAAGCUCUCUGCUCAGUCAACAAAAAUUCCUUACUCAGCCCUCUACCUCUUCUGUCAGACUGAGUGCGCAGUGUAAAGCUGAAACAGCCAGAAGUCAAUCUGUUUCAUGUGUCAUGAGCCGUAUGUGUGUUGGAAACAGUCCUUGAAUUGAGGUGUGAGACAUGAGGUGGAAGCGAAUGCUCUUCCCUUUGUUCAAGUUGUAAAAUAGAUGAGUUCUUCUUGUUAAAAGAAGUACAAAGCUACCACCCCCCCAUUAAACAAAACAGUUCCCCAGAGGGAAGAAAUAUCCUACUUCUUUUUCUCCUUCCAAUGCAGAAGAUUCAUUCAAGGCCCUGUCACAGACUGUACCCCACCCUUAUAUGAUGAUUCCUUCAAGGCCAAAUACUUCAUGAGGGAACCCCACCCCUCCUCCUAGGUAGAUAUUAGUAAUCCCCCCCAUCUGGUACACGAGUUGUAAAGGUCUAAAAAAGUAUUAUUAUUCCUCAUCAAAACAAAGCACUGGCCUGGAAGAAAGAGGUAUUCCCAUGAAAUGUAGUAGCCAUGAGGAAAAAAUGUUGUUUUUAAAAGGGGAAUGAUAUCUUAUCAGUAGUGUUGACACCUGCUCUCCCUUAAUUCAAGCACUGUUUUCUCCACUAAACCCAGUGCUGGCCCCCUUCUUACAGAUAUACAGUAUAUCUCGAUCACUGCCUAGAAGGUUUGUAGCAUUGAGAAGAUGAAUAUUGUUUUUGAAAUUAUAGAUGACACGAGCACGGUGGAGGUUUCACAGACAGGCUUCAGUUUUACAAAAGAUUUGGAUUGGAUGGGCCGCCCUUGUUGCGUUGUGGGAUUUGGGUGUCCGUGUUUUUUAUAUUUUUAGCACAAGCCAAAGAACGAAGAACAGAUCACUUGUAGCACAUGAAAUCGAUAUAAGAUGCAGUUUUCCUUUGCCCAUGAUGUCCAGUAGUUUUUUUAAAACCCUGUCAAUACAGUACAUGUGGAGAGGAAGAGUCCAAUAAAACAUGGUUAAACGCUGGAACAGCGUUUCAGCUGUCACAGCAGAGCUCUGGCUAGUUAACACAAUUAUCAAAUAAUAACUCCUCUAUCUCUCUCCUCUUCUCUUGUAACUCAGUUCUAAUCAUUGUGACUAGCCUCAGGAUGUUUGGUAAUUUCUAAACUGAAAAAUCAUUAUUUGGGAAACAGUGACGAAAUGAUGACCCAUUUUUGUCGUUUUUGAGGGGUACAAAUAAUAUCCACACAUCAUCAAAAAAACAGCUGUGUUGUACAGUAUAUCUCCAUCCAGUUAACCACUAAGACGUUUUGUUGUGUAGAAACAUUGAUUAAGGCUGAGGGAAGUUUUAAGUUUGUAGAACUGCAUAUUUUACUGUGGUACUUAGAAGACGCUAGGGACUUGGUUGCAGUUGCUCACUUCAGCUUAGUAAAAUUAAUUGCCCUUUUCUUUUAUAAAUAUGUGUCAUUUGAUAUCCAAAAACAUAUAUUUCUGGUAAGACACUUUCAAAUAAUACUUAAAUUCAGUCAAGACGAUAGCAUUUGACUUACAGUAGAAAUCUUAAAACAGCUUGUAGUUUUGAGGUAUUUUGAGGUUAAAAGAAUCUUGGAGAAUGUCAAGACUACAGAUUCCAGUGAGCUUUCCUCUUUCAUGUUAAUGCUAUCAGCCCUUCAUCCUUCUCCCCUGAUUAAUCCUUUCUGGUAAAAAUACACUCCUGACAAAUAUACUUCCAUAAAAGCAGUUGUGUCUUCCAGGUCUGGUUUCGCUGUCCUUCUUUAAAGUGUUACAAGUGUAAGCUCACCUACGCUUGAUUGAAACUUCAAGAUACAUAAAGAUUUAAUCCACGUGGUGUGUUAUUACAAGGGGGUUGUGAAUGGUGGAGGCCGGGAGUAGAAUUUCCUGAGGGCCAGAAGUCCUUAUCCACGCCAUACUAAGUGAAAUGAGUAGACGUUACUACAUUUCUUUGCACUAAGGCUAAUUUGUGAGUUCUGUUGUGAUGCUCCAGUAAUUUCUUAAUCAGACUAAAACACCAUACAAAAGCCUGAAAUGUAUUGCGUGGUCUGCAGUAAUGUGAUUGAGCAAUGCUCCCGAUGUAUUUAGCAUGGUGACAAGAAGUAAUCAGCUAGCUUGGAUGAUAUUCUCUAUUGAUAGUUUUAUGAGAGACUCUGUCCUGCUCAGCUACUGCAUACUGUGUUGUUUAGACAGUUAAAACUACAUUAUCAAACAAUUGCGUGUACAUUUAAUCUCCAAAGCCAUAUGAUGUGAAUGCCUCAUUUGAAUAACAUGUAAUUGACAAUCUCCAAACUUUCUUAUACUUGAAACAAUAAACAUAUU